UUCUCUCUCUUGUGAUCCUGGAAAUCCGACCAGGGAGAAAUAGAUUUAUUCUCUCUCUCUCUCUCUCUCUCUCCCAGGGCAUUCGAGAUCUAAAUCCCCAGCUGUCUCGUCCCACUCCAACAGCACCUUUUUUUUUUUUUUUUUAAUUCCCCUCCCUCUCUUAUCGUGGUGCGACCGUGACAAAACUACUUCCACCAUGAAUCCCACUGGGAGCAGUCGUUCCCAGGAGGAGCUUUUCCUAAAUUCCCCUGGUCAAUCUCCAGCAGAGUCCCCCAUCAUCGGACCCUUGCGGAUCAAUAAACGAGAAAGCCCCUCACCAGCUCCCCAGAGUUCAGUCCCUCUUCCGUACCCUGAUGACCGACCAAACCCCGUGCGGAGCUCCGGUUCAAGUGGUUCAAGCCCAACUGCACAGGUCGGCAAGCAAAGCGCCUCUCCGACAUCCAGCGGGUCAGGAGUAUCGCCGGUCGAUUAUCCUCCUGCGUUGCGACCCAGGGACGGUCGCGAGCCCAAGCAGUCCACGUUAGCUGAGCGGCGGGGAAAUGCUCCGAAGCCCCUGCCAGAAUCCCCCGCGGUUGAUGCGCCAUAUCCCGAAUUCAACCAGCACUAUUAUCCCCCUCCACAGCCCUCGUCCUCGCGGCCUGGAUCCCGCCCCACCGCUGCAUCGCAAACCCUCCAAGCUCCAGCGCACUCUAUCAAUCGCAUCAGCUCCAUCGCCUCCACCUCGACUACGCGCGCCCAGCGAGGAUCUCCUCCACCACCGGAGACUCCUAUCGUUGAGCCGGGACAGCACCCAGCGUCUGAUAUCGAAGCGCGCUAUGCUGCCUCGGGGAUCGCGGGGACUUCCACGCUAUCCGGACUGCAGGCUCAAAGUGCUGCAGCGCAGAGACGAGCCGAACAGUACGCUGGACAGCAGCCUAGGAACCCCAUUCAACGCCCUUGGACCCCAACCGAGCUGCCGGGCUCUCAGCCUCAUGGGCCCCCGACGGUGUACCAGGGUGCUGAGGUGAUUUCUGCCGAACCCCAGCAGCCAGCCGCUGCGUUGCCUCCUCACCCGGCGACGACAAUCCCAUCCCAGACACCACCACACCCGCAGCAGCCGGCGAGAAUCCCAAACAAUGCCCUGGAGCAGGAUCUGGAGAGGAUGCGGAUCAGCUCCUCGCCUCCUCCAGCUUACUCCAGUGUCCCGAGGCCGGCCUCUGCUGCCCAGGGUUAUCCCAAUGAGAAGCAACGCCUCCCGGCAACAUCCAACCAACCAGCGCCAGCAGUCGGAUCGCAUCCUGCAACAGCUGGAGCCAUGAACGGGGCCGCUGCUGGUGUUGCUGGUGCUGCUGUUGGUGCUGCCGUUGCACCUGCAGUAGCACCGCCUAUGGUGUCUGCUCAAGAUCACCCGGCCUUUGCCAACGACCCGAUACAACAGCAGCAGCAGCAGCAGCAGCAGCAGAAGCAGAAGCAACAGCAGGAAGAGCAACAGCAACUGCAACAAAAACAACUACUACUGCAGCAGCAACAAAUGCAACAACAACAACAAUACCAACUGCAGCAACAGCAACAGCAACAACUACAACUACAACAAUUCCAACUACUGCAGCAGCAGCAGCAACAACAACAACAACCACAAUUGGCACCUGUGCUGUCCCCACAUAAUGAAAUGUAUAAUGGUGCUCAGUACGAACAACACCCAGCGCUUCAGCAACAGGCCCAAAUCAACACACUACCCACGCCAAGUAUACCUCCAGCUUCUCCUCCACCACUUCCCGAGGGAUGGAUUGCUCAUCUGGACCCCAAUUCCGGUCAGUACUACUACAUCCAUCUCCCCACGCAGUCCACCCAAUGGGAAUUCCCCAAGGGCCCUACGCCUUUGAACCUCAACGAAGCCCCAAUGUCCCCUGUUGGCAGUGUGUACAGCAGCCAUCCACUGGCUUCUCCGGGGCUGUCAGCGUUUGGUAAACCGUUGGCUUCCCCGGGUAUCCCCAUGACACCUGGCUAUGAAAGCUUGCAAUCGCCAAUCGUUACUGGAUUCUCCGGGCCCCCUCCCAGCAGCGGAGUUGACCUAUACAAGAUCGUACCGACGAAUGGCGUUUACUUUGGCCCAUACCUACGCUACGCCAAUAUGGACAUUCAGCGCGGCAUUUGGUUUGGGUCUAUUCUCCUCGUCACAGACGCCGCGCAACCUCCCACAAUCCACAUCCACCAGAGCGUCGAUCUGUCGCCAAAUCCCCGCCAACUCAAGGCAAUGGCGAUCUCCACGCACCAGCGCUGGACCUUCUACAAGUACGAGAUCGAUGUGCAGAUGGAUGAAACUGGCCCUGCCAAAUGGACCUAUGCGAUUACAUCGCAUCUCGGCUGCACCCGCUACGAGUUCUUAGUCGCUGGACGCUACGAGACCAGCUGGCGGUUCAUCACAACCUCGGGCAAUGAUUUCUCUCUCAAUGUGAACGAGAACGAGCGCGCUCGGUUGGGGGGUGUUGGGUUGCUGUGGAAGGAUAUCAUGCAGAAGCACAACGAGAUUGGUGGAUUCCAUGCUCAGUUGUGUCUGGGAGGGCAAAUAUACGCCGAUCGUAUGUGGAAGGAGAUUCCGUCUCUCAAACAGUGGCUCGCGAUUCGAGGUAAGGACGCGAGAAAAUCUACGCCUUGGACGACAGCGCAUGAGCAAGAUGUCUCGCAUGGAUACUUCCAUUACUAUACAAGCCACUUUGAUCAGCCUUAUCUCCGGGAAUCGUUCGCUCAGAUUCCGUAUGUCUGUCAGGUUGAUGAUCAUGAUAUCUUCGACGGCUUCGGCUCGUACCCCGAACACAUGCAAUCAUCCAAUAUGUUCAAGAAUAUCGGUCGUCUCGGAAUCGAGAUGUACCUUCUUUUCCAACACCACACAACCCUCGACAUUCUCCGCCACGUCAGCACAGACCACGAUCUAUUCACCAUCACCGGCACAGGCUGGCACUUUGUCAAGUAUCUCGGACCGGCCGUAGUUCUCGUGGGAGUCGACUGUCGCUCAGAACGCAAUCAACACCAAGUCAUCGCGGGACCAACCUACCAAGGCAUCUUCCCCAAAGUCGCCAUGCUCCCGCCAACGGUGCAACACUGUCUAUGGAUGGUCUCCGUGCCUAUCAUUUAUCCCCGCUUAGAAACGGCAGAAACCAUCGCGCAGACCAUCACGACCGGAAAGCGGGCCGUGACGGGAGCCUACAACGUGCUAGGCAAAGUGACGAGUUCGGUGGCGGGCGUGGUUGGAGCCAAGGACAUGGUCGGGUCUGGAUUCGACUCCGUGAAGCGAGCUGUCGGCAAGAGCGGUCUAAUGGGGAGUAUCCUGAGCCCAUUUGGCGAGUUGGAUUUACUGGACGAGCUCCGAGAUCAAUGGACUCAUGAAUCAAAGGACCUCGAAAGAACCUACUUCAUCCGCACCCUCCAAGGCAUCGCCCAUCAAAAAUCCCUCCGGAUGACCUUCCUCUCGGGCGCCGUCAACGUCUGCGGCGCCGGCCUCGUCCACGACCCAGCCCACCCCUCCGACCACAAAACCAUCUACCAGAUCAUCUCGUCGUCCGUGGUCAACGGCCCGCCCCCCUCGUACAUCCUCAAACUCCUGCACAGCUCCAACAAAGCCCUCUACGUCCCGGCGAACGGGCACCGCUCCACGCCGUCCCACCCCACCGACACCAAGGAGGACAUGAUGGAGAUCUUCCAAACAGACGUCACAGGCCAGGCCCGCGAGCACAAAAAGCUCAUGGCCCGACGGAACUACGCCGCCGUCGUCGCGUAUGAUCCGGAAGCGGUAGUAGGACUGGCCACGCCGCAUCCAGGCGCGGCGGCGACGCCGGGCGGAAGCGGAAGCGGAAGCGGAAAAGCGGGGAAACUGAAUCUUGCGAUUGAUUUCAUGGUACAGGGCGAGGGGUCAUAUGGGCAGGUAGUGAAGUUUGGGCCCGUGGUUGUGCCUAGUUUAGAGCAUGGGAAGUAACCCUUUUUUUUUUUUUUUU